AUGCCAGGGCCCUUCACAUCCAAGUCGUUUAGCGCCACACUGCCCAACUCGCUCGCAGCGCGGUACCGCAAAUCGCUGCAAAAACACCCUUUCCUCCUCUUCGGGCUACCGUUCCUCUCUACAAUUGUCCUGGGCUCCUUCAUGUUGACACCCGCCACGGCGCUGCGAUACGAGCGGUACGAUCGCAAGAACCAGCAAAUCACACAAGAGCAGGCAAUGGGCCUAAGAGGGGAGCGGAGGAAGGUCAACAUGCGCGAUGAGUAUUACAGGCUGCAGGCGAAAGAUCUCGAAGACUGGGAGCAGAGGCGUGUUAAACGACUUCCAGGCGAGCCGGACGGCACACUCGUAUAA